AUGGUGUUAAGAACGACAGAGGAUAAGGAAAUAGUAGUGAUUGGUGAAUGUCGAAAUUAUCUGUCAAACGUGAUUUCCGCAUUAAGGGCUGAGAAGUUAGUACAAAAGGGAUGCGAAGCCUUUUUGGCUUACAUUAGUGACACGGAAGCUAAGGACCCUACUGUUGGAAAGUUGAGAACAGUUAGAGAAUUUCCAGAUGUCCUUCCUGAGGAGCUGCCUAGGUUGCCACCUAAUAGAGAAGUAGAAUAUGGAAUUGAGAUGUUACCUGGGACGGCACCAAUGUCAAUCACUCCUUAUCGGAUGGCAUCAAAAGAGUUGGUGGAACUUAAGGCACAAAUUCAGGAAUUGUUGGAUCAAGGAUUCAUCCGACCAAGUGCACUACGAGUUCUUGGUGAUGCCAUUCGGGCUAACGAACGCACUUGCCGCUUUCAUAGAUCUCAUGAAUCGAGUCUUUCAACCCUACUUGGAUCGAUGAACAAGCAGCAAGAGAGUUUUGAAAAACUCAAGAAAGUUUUAACGAAGGCCCCUGUGUUGAUUCAGCCAGUUUCUGGAAAGGAGUUUACGGUUUAUAGUGAUGCGUCGCAUGAUUAUGAUUGCAUGAUAAAAUACCACACUGGCAAAGCGAAUGUGGUAGCUGACGCGUUGAGUCGUAUGGUUAAGUCAGACCUGAGAGCUAUGCUUGCUCGUUUAAGCUUUUUGGAUGAUGGUAGCUUGUUAGCGGAGCUUCAAAUAAAGUCGAUGUCAGUCGAACAGAUAAGGAGUAAGCAAUUAAUGGAUGAAACCUUAGGUGCUCGUUUUAGACAGGUGGAGAGUGAGGAGACAUCGGACUUUGGGAUGAAUAGUGAAGGAGUAUUGUGUUUCCAUGGGAGAAUGUGUAUACCCAAGGACGAUAAUCUAAGGCAGUCCAUUCUGUGGGAAGCACAUAGUGAUCUCUAUACUAUGUAUCCUAGCAGAAACAAGAUGUAUCAGAAUUUGUGUGAGCUUUAUUGGUGGCCUAGACUUAAGUGUGAGGUUAUGGAGUUUGUAAGUAAGUGUUUGGUCUGUCAAAAGGUGAAGGCGGAACAUCAGUUGCCUUUGGGAUUGUUUCAGCCAGUCUCUCCGAGGAAGAAAGUGUUAAGGUUUGGAUGGAAGGGGAAGCUAAGUGCAAGUUUCUUUGGGCCAUAUCGGGUUGUAAGGCGGAUUGGGCCAGUCGCUUAUCAGCUAGAAUUACUUCCUGAACUGAGCCAGAUCCACGAUGUGUUCCAUGUUACUAUGCUGAGACGGUAUCACUUGGAUCCUUCCCAUGUCGUGGCGAUUGAAGAAAUCGAGGUCAGACUUGACCUAACUUUCAAGGAAGAGCCCAUACAGAUAAUUGGUUGA